GGACGCACUUUAAUCAAUUUUCCUUGCAAUGUCAAUACAACACCGUGCAUGGUAACAGCAGAAAUAAAUUGUCACUAAAACACCAACAAAAUGACUGAAUUAAUCGUUCUUUCGUUAGCACUAUUAAUACUUAUAGCUACAUACAUAUAUUAUUGCCGUCAAAAUUACCUCCCAGGCCCAUGGAACUUACCAGUAAUUGGUUAUUUACACAAAAUAGAUCCAAAAGCGCCUCAUUUGUCGUUUUUAAAACUCGCCCAAAAAUAUGGUCCAAUCUAUAGACUAAAGCUUGGAUCGUUCAACACCGUAUUCAUCUCUGACGCAAAAUUACUAAAACAAGUGUUAAUGAAGGAUGCGACUCUUUCAAGACCACCUCUUCAUCUCUUGGGCAUUAUAUUUGGAGAUAAAGGAAUCAUAUACUCUUCUUCUGAUGUAUGGAAAGAUCAAAGAAAAUUUGUAAGUAAUUUCUUGAGAGUGUCAGGUGCUACCAAAAUGUUUCCAAAUAAAGAAGCGUUAGAAAAUCAAAUGAAACAAAGUGUUCAAGAUGUUAUCCAAUAUGUCCAAAAUCAAGGUAAUUCUGUGACGUUAAAUCCAUCAGAAGCUAUAACACACUAUGUCUCUGACAUAAGCAGCAGCUUAAUUUUAGGUAGACGUGACAGUAAAUUAGAGAAAAUUCUGACACAUAAUUUCUUUAAAAUAGUAAAACAAUAUCAAGUCUCUGGACCAGUGAAUUUCUUACCAUUUUUGCGUUUUCUACCAAAAUAUAGAAAGGGCGUAAAGUUACUUCAUGAUUUAGUAAACGAAAUUUUUACCACACUUAACAAAAUCGUCUGUCAAAACGAAAAAACCGACAACGAUAAGAAAUUAAUGAGUAUAGUUGAUACAUUCAUGUUGGAUAAAUCUGUGGACAAAGUAUUCAAUACUGGCCAACUGCAACUUUUAUCUAAUAUGUUCGGUGCUUCUACUGAAACUACCAUUAGUUCGAUAUUGUGGGUUUUGCUGUACUUGGCACACUUCAAAGAAGUCCAAAAUAAAGUUCGAAAAGAACUUUGGAAUAUUCUCCAAGACAAAUCUCCACAGAUAGGUGAUUUACCAAAACUGCCAUAUACGGAAGCCACUUUAGCUGAAGUAGCUAGAAUAAGAUUUUUAUUUCCGUUGGGUUUUCCUCAUUAUACCACUGACGAUGUAUGUGUAGAAAAUGUGAAAAUUCCGAAAAAUACUGUCAUAAUGCCGUUCCUGUGGGCGAUCUACAUGGAUCCAAAAGUAUGGCGAAACCCUGAAGAGUUUUGUCCAGAACGAUUUUUAAAUGACGAAGGAAAAUUUUUUCAACCUGAAUCGUUCCUUCCGUUUCAAGCUGGCAAAAGGGUUUGUGUUGGUAAAGAUGUGACAAGUAUGAUGAUCUUUACUUUUGUGGCAACUGUCUUACAGAAAUUUAAAUUGGAGGGUUGUAACGAUUCGGGUUCUGUAGAUCUGUCCUACGAUUGUGGUAUAACCACAAUUCCUAAACCACAAGAUCUGAUUUUUGUGAAGAUAUAGAAAAAAAUUUAGUGUGACAAAAUUUGUAUCUUUUUCUGGUUUUGAUUAUUUUGUUAUUAACAUAA